AUGUACAUAAUGGCCAUGAAAACCACCGAUGCGCAAUAUCUGGUUGAACAGGACUUCCUUGUUGACGUGGAACGCAAAGUCAUGGCGAUAGUGAAGAAAACACAUAGCGUAGCAAAGCAGCAUUUUCUGGACUCUCAAGAUUUUGAUUCCUUGAACGACACGUUGACAGAAAAACGCUGGACGUACGCUUCAUCACUUUUGUUCGCUUUUACGUUAAUCACCACUAUAGGCUAUGGAAAUUUAACGCCGGUAACAUUUUAUGGACGUUUAUUUUGCAUAAUAUAUGGAAUAGUUGGAAUACCACUUGCCAUGCUGACCAUCGCCAAUUUGGGAAGGUUUCUGCUGGACGCAGUGCUGGUGGCAGAAACUUGGAUCGUCAGGUUCUGUAAAGAAAUGUUACAGAAAUCGAGCACACCUGAUUCAUUUGAUAGGCGCAAAAAUUCUACUUGUUUGUACAAAACCACCGAUGGUUCAAAGACUUCGGUCUUGUCAACAGUUGGAGCGAUCGUCGUCUUUUUGUCUACUAUUGGCAUCGGGGCAGCAUGCCUACCGCUGUGGGAAGAAAUGGACUUCUUUACGGCGUUGUAUUUCAGCUUCGUCACUGUCACCACUAUAGGAUUUGGUGACAUCGUUCCGAAGAACUACAACUACCUGUUUCCUACGCUGUUCUACAUCAUCAUUCACUACCUUGGUAAGCGUAUUAUGAAUGCCAGGGAGGCUUUAGUGUGGUUCGGCAACAAGGUGCUCACCGUGAACGACUUGGUUGUCGCCAUAGGAAAAAAGUACGGAGCCACAAACGAGGAAAUUCUGGAUCUGCAGGCGACGUUAGAUACUAUGAUCGAGCAGACGAUCAACGCUAAAGCCACCGAAAAGGAAUCCACACCAAAAAUGAGUCCCGUUCUUCCCACGGUGACCACGACGAUGCCAUUCAUUGAUGACGAUGAUUCAAAGCUUUCAUGCAAAAACCGGAGCAAAAAGAAUGGGCUACGCGUCUUCAAAACAUAA